AUGGCAAAAAAUGUGUCAUCACAUUCCCCGGUACCGUUACAUUUCCUAAGACGACCAACCGGCGAUAUAAAGAACAAUUUGGCUUCCAUUUCGAGUAGCUUGUUACCGGCGUUCGGAACUGUUAUCGGUGAUGCUUACUUGCCCCUCAAGAAAAGUGUUAUUGCUCCUUAUGAUCGUAGAUACCGGUGGUGGCAAACGUUUUUGGUGGUGCUGGUGAUAUACUCCGCAUGGGCAUCUACUUUGGAGUUAGCUUUCGAGGAAACCGAGGAUGGACUGCUCUUGUUCGUUGAUUUGGUGGUCGACGCUUUCUUCGCCAUCGAUAUCGCCUUAACCUUUUUCGUCGCUUACUUGGAUACUUCAACUUUUCUUCUCGUUGAUGAUCACAAGAGAAUUGCGUUGCGAUAUGUGACAAGAUUCUGGUUCUUUAUGGACGUAGCAUCUACACUACCUUUCGAGUUAAUAAGCAAAAUCUUCACCGGUGAAUGGCACACCCACAAAGCCUUUCUCCUCCUCAACUUGCUUCGUCUCUGGCGUCUCCGCCGUGUUAAAGAACUUUUCAAAAGGUUAGAAAAGGACAUACGCUUUAGCUACUUCUGGACAAGGCUUCUGAAACUAUUAUGUGUAACCCUAUUUUCAGUGCACUCAGCCGGUUGCUUCUAUUACUGGCUAGCUACACACCACGAACCACCAGAACGCACAUGGAUUGGGAAAAAGAUAGGAGAUUUUAAGCAAAAAAGUGUCUGGCAUGGUUACACCUGUUCAAUUUACUGGUCCACCGUCACUCUUACUACAGUCGGCUAUGGAGACUUUUAUUCCGUGAAUAAAACAGAACAGGUGUUUAACAUUAUUUAUAUGCUAUUCAACAUUGGCCUCACUGCCUACAUAAUUGGUAACAUGACGAAUCUUGUCGUCCAUGCUGCGGUUAAAACCUUUGCCAUGAGGGAUAGCAUCAAUGAGGUAUUGCUAUAUGCAAGCAAGAAUAGACUACCGGAAGGAAUGAGAGAACAAAUGGUGGCACACAUGAAACUUAAGUUCAAGACGGCCGAGUUAAAGCAAGAAGAAGUUCUAAAAGACCUGCCCAAGGCAAUAAGAUCCAGCAUUGCCCAACACCUCUUCCGGAAAACUGUUGAAAAUACCUACCUAUUUCGAGGAGUCUCCGAAGACCUUGUUUCUCAGUUGGUAUCAGAGAUGAAAGCAGAAUACUUUCCUCCGAGGGUUGAAAUUAUUUUACAAAAUGAGAUACCUACAGAGUUCUACAUUCUAGUAUCAGGAGCAGUGGAUGUGGUGACAUACAAGAAUGGAACGGAGCAGUUUUUGUCAAAUCUAGAAUCUGCAGAUAUGGCAGGAGAAAUUGGAGUGAUUUUCAAUAUUCCCCAACCUUUCACAGUGAGAACUAGGAGACUCUCCCAGGUUAUCCGAAUAAGUCAUCAUAAUUUCAAACAAAUGCUGCAAUCAGGAAGUGAAGAUGGAAUGAUUAUUAUCGCAAACUUCAUACAGUACUUGAUAGGCUUAGGGAAAGAUAUGCUACAGGAACUACCUUUCCAAAGAGAAUUGCUGGCGUACCAGAAUAUACAGCCUAAGUCACAAAAUGAGGAGAAACAAAACAGAGGAACAUUGGAUUCCACGGAUGCAAAUCGAAAAGGAACACCAGACAAUUCCACCCCUUCACUAAGUACAGGUACCAUUAGGGUGAUAAUCUAUGGGUAUCAUCCAUCCGAAGAAACAAUGUGUAGUGAUAGAUUGGGGAAGCUUAUAAAUUUGCCCGACUCAAUUGAAGACCUCUUCAGUCUAGCAGAAAAGAAACUUGGAAAGAGAGGCAGCACUAUUCUUAUGGCAGAUGGCUCAGAAGUUGAAGAACUUAAUGCUUUGAGAGAGAAUGAUCACUUAUUCAUUGUUUAAGUGAUAAAAUGAAAUAAUAUUUAUCGGUUAUCACUUAUCCAUAUGUUGAUCUGUUUAAAUGAAGAUUAUUCUAAAUGGGUAAGAAG